AUGGAUGGGUGGUGGAUGAAUGGAAUUGAAUUUAAUUGUUUGCAAGGCGAGAAAUGCUUACAGCUUACAAGCGCCGCCCUUGUUGCCUUGACCGUCCAGCAGUUGAUUAUGUACAACAGUAGGGUUAUUUUAUUGACAGUUGUCCUGUUUGCUAUCGCUAAUGUAGAAGCUGUAGAAAAAUUUACAGUUCGAGCAAAGCGACAACAAUGUAGUUGCAUUGUAAUGCCGUUGUCCCUUCAACAGAUUCAGUGCUCAUGCGAUCGCCCAGCAGUGUUCCCUACAUCCAAGAAAACAACGAACGAACCUGCGCUUCAAGCACAGUACGAACAGCAACAAGAAUUGCAGCAACAGCUUCAACAGUUACAGACAUCAAAGACUUCUCGAUGUAGUUGUGCAUUAAUUGUGGUUGCCACAAUGGUGACACACUCACCUCAGUAUCAAUGCCAAUGCGUUGAGGUACUACCACAGUAUACGUCAUCCUUAAGUGAUUAUCACACAACACAAACUUAUUCACCGAUACCAACGAUAACUACAACGCCACGUCCGCAGUUCACAUCCGUCAGUAUCCCGGCAGUUACAUACACAGUUACUGCACCGACAGCAACCACGAUGACACCAGCCUUAGCACCAAUCACGACAACAACUAUUGCUACAACAACUACGACUCCGACGACCACAACAACAACAACUACAACUACGACGACCACAACAACAACAACUACUACUCCUACGACUACUACCACCACUAUCACGAUCCCAACGACCAUUUCAACCACAUCGUCCCCCACCUUCAUCGUUACACAGCCAACUGCAACCUACACUCAGCAGACUUAUACCACUUUUCCACAACAAUACCAACCACAACAGCCUUAUCAGCAGAAUCCUUGUCAUUGCGUUUUUAUCACAAUCACCGGUAUUCCACAAUAUCAGUGCACAUGUGAUCACUCACAAGCGAUACAGACAACGGAAACGAUAUCACCUACAAUAUCAACUGUUACUUCAACUUAUUCACCGAUAAAAUCCUUUGUAUUUUACUAUUACCACCAAGAUCAGUUUAAUAACCUUUACUUCAAAGUACCGACGCAAACACCAUACACAUGGACACAGCCAACAGAGACAUCGACUACAACGACAACAUCGACAACGACAACAACGACUACAACAACGACGACGACAACUACGACCACCACGACAACAACAACCACGACUACAACGUCGACGACCGGCACAACAACAACGUCAACAGCCGCCUCUCCAGGAACAAUAGCGACGAUGCCAGUGGCCACAUCCAUAACAGGAGGACCGAUAUACACCGGCUCGGACCAGUCGACUUACACCAGCGUUGUGCCAGUGGUAUCCACCGGUAUAUCGCAACCCUGUUACUGUCAGGGUGCAUCAGGACAGGUAUGCCCGUGUUUCUGUGAUUGCUCUACUGUUGUCAAAGUAGCACUUCCUGGAAUGUGCGCCUGCCCAAGCAGUUCAGCAGUUUUACCACAGACCAGUUCCAUAUAUCAACCUGCGGUAUCCACAAAUCAGUAUCAACAACCACAGUAUGUUCAACAAGAAGGUUUAGCAAACCAGCAAUACACCCGGCCUCCUCCAAGUGUCACCGGCAUAACCACUGGACCAAAUGGCGAAUUACCACUAACAACUCCAUGUCUGUACUACGUUAUUCAAGCCUGUGUUUGUGCACCGCAAUAUGGUCAAUGUGGUGAAAAUCUUUGCUGCCUGCAGACAAAAUUCCGAUCCCAAAAGGCAUCGCAAAAUGCGGGUACGGCUGCAGAAGAAGAAGAUGGCGAAAGAGAAACUUCAGCAAUGGACAUCUUUUUGAACGUGUUGCACAAGAUUAAAACUAAUUUACAAAAAGCUGCUGAAAGCUAA